ACCUCGCGAUGCGCGAGCAUUACACCUGUGCGGUUCUGCGCGCGAGCAAAGUCUGCGCGUCAGGAGGAAAAAAAAAUGAAAAGUUCCACGAGCGCGACGGUGACGCGCGCCGAGAGUUGCGGAGCGUGUGAGUCCUGAAGGGCAAAUAAGAGACUGGAGAAAACGACCUUAACCAUAUCAAGGUUUAUUUCUCUCAUUCUUAUUCCAUAUAGGCGCAUGUGCUUUGCAUUGCGCGUGUUGACAGUGUAGAUUAUUUAUAUGUCGAACAUUUUAAUUAUAAGAUCUUGUGUCUGACAAGCAAAGCGUCAUCAUGGGUUUUGGUGGGCACGUUUUCUCUGGUGACCAACAGUAGCACGGGAUGCGCCGCACAAAGCGUGUCUGAAAUGCCAGACAGGAGACACAGAGACCUUCAGGAGCCUCAUAACAUCGAUUCUUGAGGAUAUAUUUAUUUGUUACCGGAUAUAUUUCUCUGGACCAUAAGGACGUACUCUAGUGCCACCGGGAAUUCUGCUGAGAGGGAGCCGGUACAAAUGCAUGGAAAACUCUCCUGUAAAUUAACAUAUAUUGGGAUUUAUUGUAGCUAGCUAUUUAUAAUAAAUACGCCCUACGACCAUCUUGAGCCUCCCAAAAGCCCGAUUUUAUACUCAAGGAGUCCGUGUUGUCUAUUUGUUCAUUUACCUACUUUAAAACUUAAGAUUUUUAUUCUUUUUUUUUCUCGUUAAGCCAUGACAGGGAUGACAAUUGCCUUGUUUUUUGAGAAUCUACUGAGUAAAUUGUCAUUGCUUGGAUUAAAGAUGCUGGAUUCGGAUGUGAAAGUGGAAUAAUCAUUCAUAGAGAAUUAACGACUGUAAGGACUGGACGUUGGACCUGCUGUAUAUUAUUUACACAACUAUUUCUGACUUUUCUCGGUGAACUCAAACAAUGGGGAUCAAGCUGAGAGUUAUUCUGGGAAUGUUUCAGUUCGUCUCACUAACCAGAAUACCAACACAAUGUGCCAAAACACCGUCAGACCACUGGAUGCCAACAGAGAGCCAUAAAUCUGGAGAAGUGGUGAGGUGGUUGGAUGUGUAUCAGAAAAGCGGAUGUCAUCCCAGAGAGACGCUGGUGGAAGUUUGGCGGGAGUUUCCGUGGGAGACACAUCACCUCUUCCUGCCGUCGUGUGUAACGCUGCGGCGCUGUGGAGGCUGCUGCUCCGAUGAGGCACUGGAGUGUGUGCCGUCACAAACACACACACUUGUAAUGGAGCUCAUGAGGACCUCAUACAUGAAGCAUGAACUUGUGCAGCUGCCUUUUAUUGAACAUAACCAGUGUGAGUGCAGGCUAAAAGCAAAUCUUUAUGCAGAGCCAACCAGGCAAGGCCCACAGACAGCAAGAAAAGGUAAAAAGCGGCAAAGGGGGAAACCAAAGCGAAAGAAACACAUGGGGAAAAAGCCGACUCUCGUGCCAACUACACCCCCUCCCCCUCCCCCUCCCACUCUACCACCUAGCUCCGCACCUCCACCACCUGCCAGAGAGGCGUGUCCACCGUGCCCCACCCGCAGGAUGACAUCACAGCCUCCCUCUUGUGAAUGCAGGUGUAGUUUGAGGGAGGUGAGCUGUACAAAGAGAGGGAAGACACUUAACCACCACAGCUGCCGAUGUGAAACCCAAAGCGAAUAGUGAAAUCAAACCACCCGUAUAAUCCACCGCUCAAACUUUGCACAGCUUUGAGGAGGUCAAAGGUUUGCUUAUUCUUUUGUCAUGGACUCUGAAGUUUGGGUCUCACGCAGAAACAGAGUUUGCGUUCGGGAACAAACCACAGACCCACCCCCUGGCCCAUCUGCCUAUGUCCCACACACUAUUACGACAGUAUUAGAACCAUAUUCAUUCAUUCUGUAAUGUGUGUGUACGGAAUAUCACCAGAUCCUACUGUUUAUGAUCCAAACUUCAGACCACCUUUAACCAUUUGACACUGUAUUAGGGACAUUCAGUGGGUCAAGCGUAUCGCUGGAAUAUUCAAUGCGCUAAAAGUGAACUAUAGUGUUCUCAUUGAGCUUUAUCCAAAACCAGUUUUGGGAUUUUGUUCAGCUUCAGUGGAUCCUUAUAUAGGCACGGACACACAGCUAGUGUGAUGCUAAGGAUGACGAGUGUGCUGAGAACUUUCAAAAGGAAAACUGAAUAAGGAAGGAGUCCUUUUUUCUAUCAAACUACUUAAAGUGGAGAGUUUUUGAUGAGAUGGAUGUUGACAGACCUUCAGUGUUGAGAGAACUCAAGUGUUUCGCUACACAAACAGAGUAUCUCAUCCUGAGAACAUCCCCGACGUCUCCUCUGACCCUCCUCAUGUGAUAAAUGGAUGGAUGGGUCGAUUAGACGGAUCGACGGGUGUCUGUGUGGUCUGAAUUGUGCAUAAUAAGGAUCUGGGCGUUUAUCCUAAUUUAUUCCUGGCCUCUUUAAGUCCAUAAUGUGGCUUCACAGACUGUAUCAAUGAGUCUUUUUUGUGUUUGUUUGAUUUGCUUUUUGUUCGGUUCCUUCCUUUGGGAAUUGAAAGCUUUUUCCCACUGGCUAGCCAGUGAGAGGAAUGCCAAUCAUAUAGAAACCUGGCUAUAUUCCAUUGGUGCUCACCAAACACAAGUCUCUCUCUCCCACACCCCCGAUCACACUCAUUUUUCGUCUCUUUCUUUAUCCCUUUUCACUUCAUUUGUCGCAUUUUCAUUCUUUCUCCCUCACACACACACAGUCAUGCGUACACAUACAAAUGCAAACAGGUAAAUAUAAGCUUUUCUGUGUUGAUAUUGAAAGAAGAAUUUAUUUUAUCUAUCUUAUUCAUUUUGUAAAGAAUACUAAUGUUAUUGUAGUCCAUUUUGUUUUAAAGAAUGUUUCUUUUGUGUAUCUCUGUUAAUCCAACCUAUAGAGUCAGGCUGGGUGGCCGACCGUGUGCUGAAUUUGAGUAAAAAGCUCUGAAAGUCUUUAGGAAAAGGGAAAUGCUCAUUCUGCUUGUGUUUUGUGUCUUGUAUGUAUUUAUUUUUAUAUUGAAAUGCAUUUUGUAUUAUGCUUUGCCUUGUUUCUUUUGGGACAAUUAUCUGCUGCGACUGAUGAGUCGAGAAUAUUCAGUAUUUUUGGUUUCCUCAGAAUCACACAGCUCGGAUAAUGUAGCUGUCAGUCGAUGUUGAGGAUUUUUAGUAUCCAUCAGCCGCGAACAUGAAAGAAUCGCUUUUUUUUUUAAUGGUGGUCAUUUAACCAAACACUUCUUCCCACCAUAUAUGUAGCAUUAUUGAAUGAAAUAUGAAUUUCAAAAGCAAGGCUGACCUCACUUUAAGUGAUUUCUCAGAUUAUUUGUUUAGCCAUUAUCUGCAAUAAUGUAAAUUAUUAGGAUCCCUCAGCACCCUUUCACUGUUCAUACUACGCAGAUAUCCACAAGUUAUCAGCAUUCCCAAACUACUGAUCUUUGUUAAAGUCAACAUGAAAUUUCAUUAGCAACCCAUUUUACUGCAGUAUAUUAUAUAGUUUUAGUGAAACUGGUCUUCAGUGAGAAAAAAUAUGUAGGAUGGCAUUUAAUUGUAUGCAUUGGCAGUUCAUUUAAUGGUGCACUAAAAAAAAAAAAAAAAAUGUUGCAGGAUUUACUACAGUUUUCACUCAAAAUUCCUCGUAAAUUUUACAAAUGGUAAGUAUUUUGAAGUAGAAAGCCUGAAGUAGUAUUUUCUUGUAAAACAUAUGCCGAUGAUUUUUAUUUACUACUCCAAUAGCCCAUGUUGUCUAAGUGACAUCAGCGGGAAAGGAAAGGAAAAUUAUUUUUAAUGUAUGAUGCAAAUGCAGAUAUUGUUUUCCUUAGAAUGAUAUGCAUGUACUAUAAGACCAGGAAUGUGUAAAUGAAAGUAAAUAGGGUUGAUUUUGAGUUGAUGUUGACUUUUAAGGUCUUCUCUGUGUGAACUGGUCAAUAUGUUGUCCUGUUUCCUCGUCUGUGAUGACUGGCUUUCCUUCAAAUCUAUUGCCGCUGUGAAAUGUUCCGUGUGAAAUAUCCUAUGCUAUAAACGUAGCGUUUUCUCUCUCUCCACAAUAACAUGUAUCAACUACCUCUGUGUCUGUACAGUUAACGUAACUAUCACAGUAAGAUUAUAGAAGCGUGAAAAUAUAUAAAACACAUACACAAAAUGCAUACCAUAUGAAUGUACCUACCGACAGAACUUCAGUGUUUCCGAUCUCUUCUGUGUAAAGAUAAUUCCAGAAUCCUGUCGCUUUGUUCCGAGAUUUUGUGCGUAGAACCCUAUCUGUCCGAUAUGUAUCCAAGUAGAUCAGGACCCAACAGAACCCAGUCUGCACCACAGUCUUUACACGAUAUAAGCUUUGAGUGUUUGUUUGAGCGUAAUUAAUAAUGGUUAUUGCUGCUAUACCAUCUGUGCCCAAUUCUCCUGUGUGUGAACAUGUGUAUAAUAUUUGUUACAGAGAGACAUAACCUGCUCUGCUUUCUGUCUACAAUGUGUAUAAAUUCAAACGUAAGUCUGAUCACACAUAUAGUAUAUACAAAACACAACAGCCAUAAAGCAAUGUGCUAUAUAUUAAUAUAAAUAAAGUGAAAUGUCUUAUUUUUGAGAUA